CUUCCAGAACGCACACUCGCCUCCCGAACCUUCCCACCGCCAUUGCUCCCCUUCUAUAUUUGCCUCCACCUUCUCCUCCGCUCAUCGCACAAAUCACAAAGAGUACACGAAGAGAGCGGGGGGGCAAUGCCGACGGGGAGGUUGAGCGGCAACAUCACGCAGGACUGGGAGCCGGUGGUGCUGCGGCGGGCGAAGCCGAAGGCGGCGGACCUCAAGUCGGCGAAGGCGGUGAACCAGGCGAUGCGGACGGGGGCCCCUGUCGAGACGGUGCGGAAGUCGGCGGCGGGCACGAACAAGAAGGCGUCGUCAGCGGCCGCGGCGGUGGCGCCCGCGUGGAAGCUGGACGAGUCGACGGAGCCGGCGGGGCUGGAGCGCGUGGGCGCCGACGUGCGCGCCGCGAUCCAGAAGGCGCGCGUGGCGAAAGGGUGGAGCCAGGCGGAGCUGGCCAAGCGGAUCAACGAGCGGGCGCCGGUGGUGCAGGAGUACGAGAGCGGCAAGGCCGUCCCCGUCCAGGGCGUGCUCGCCAAGAUGGAGCGCGCGCUCGAGGUCAAGCUCCGCGGCAAGGCGGUCGGCGCGCCCGCGCCCGCCGGCGCCAAGUAGUCGACCGAUCUUUCGCCGGAACUGCGAGCCCAACUUGAUAGACGUGUACAUGUUGUGAUUUGUGAAUGUGCAGCUGUGUUCUUGGCUUGAUUGUGAUUACGACCAUUAUGCUAAUUAGCUCAGGUUAGUCGUGGGAAUGUGAAACGUGUUAAAUAUGUGAUCCGAAUUAUAACUGAAAUUAUUUUCGGAUUAGUUUACUAGUAGUUUUCUUCUACGAUUAGCUUUCUAAUAGAAUUCUUUCGCCUAAACUGGGACUCUUAGAUUUUCUUUUUUUUAUAUAUACUCUUGUAGUCUGUACGGGAAGAGGCGAGUUCUCAUUGUUUUCCUUGUAUUGUAAUCAUAUUCUCACAGUGUUUAUUGUCGGUUGGCGUCCUCACAGUGGUUAUUGUCGAUUGGCGUCCGU